AUGAAUGCAACGCCGACCUCACAAUACAAGAUAGAUAGCAAGCUUCAUGAGCAGGAGCGUGACGUAGCCAAGUACUGGGACGGCAAUAAUAUCAGGUUGCUUAUGCUGGGGCUGGAGAACCAGUCAGCAAUAGAUUCUGAUAUGCCACUCAGAGUCAUGGGGUACGAUGGGGCUGCCUACAGGCAUCAGCUUAAUAUGGAUGAAGAAGUUACUUCAGAGGAUGGUAAAAAGUACAGGAAGAAGAACCCCAGAUAUCCUGUGGUAACCAUUGUCCUCCACUUCGGAGAGAAAGAAUGGAAGAAGCCGCUAUCUUUGAUGGACACAUUCAAGAAUAUGGAUAAGUUACCAGCAGAACUGCGCCCAUUUAUUCAUGACUAUAGUAUCAAUGUGUUUGAUAUUCCACGCUUGACAUUGGAGCAGGUAAAGCUGUUCAAGAGUGACUUCAGGUAUGUAGCGGAGUAUCUGGUAUGCAAGCGUCUAAAUAAGGAUUACCAGCCAGACAAGGAAUUGUUGCGCCAUAAGGACGAAGUCCUGAAACUAAUGAAAAUCUUAACAGGUGAUAACCGCUACGAAGAAUUGUUGAAUGAUUUUGCAGGAGAGGAGUCGGUAAGUAUGUGCGACGUAUUAGAUAAAGUAGAAGCUCGUGGUAGAAUCGAAGGCAUAAUCGAAGGUCAGGAAAAAGUUAAUGCCCUGAAUAAAAUCCUGAUAGAAGCUAAAAGGAUUUAUUGCCUGUCUGAGUCUCCCACGACUAAAGCCUCUAAAUCUGACAGCCUCCCAGCAGAAUCAAAGAAGAAGAAAUUACAGGACGAUUAUGGCUUGCAGAUGGUUAAGGAAUUCGAGGAGAAGGUGAACGAAAUGUGCAAUUUAGGAGAAGGAAUUGCUGAAAAGAAUAAGGCUUUAGGCAAGGCUGAAGGUAUGGCUGAAGGCAUGGUUAUUGGCAAGGCUGAGGGCAUAAUGGAAGAGAAGAUUCGCUCAGCAAAGAAUUUUAUAGAUGCAGGCUUUGCUACUGUAGCAUCUCUAAAGGAGUCUGGGUUGUAUACGGAUGACGAGAUAGAAGCCAUAGCAGCGCCUUAA